CAUUCUUCUCUCUCAUUUCGCAUCCCGUCGCAGCGGCCACCACCACCACCACCACCUCUGGACAGAGAGAGCGAAUCCAUCCCCUUCCCCACUCUCCCCCUUCCUAGGGUUCCGCCUCCCACGCCGCGCUCCCAUCCCGCCCCCGUACCCACCCGCAUCGCCAUCGCCGGAGGAAUGGCCGACGCCGACGAGCUGGCCGGGAGGCUGGCCGCCGCGGACCAGGACUCCGACGACGCCGCCGCCGGCACCAGCAACCUCUUCCAGGUGAUGCGCGCAGUCGAGGACGCCGAGGCCACCAUCCGACACCAGCUCGAGGAGAACGCCCGCCUCAAGGAGGAGCUGAUGCGCAAGACCAGAGAGCUUGACAGAAUCAGGUCAGAGACCACAAACCAAACCUCUUCAGGUGGUCUUCUUGACCAGGACCGGGCUGUCGAGCCCUACAGAAACUCGGCAGGGGAUAAGACAGCGGAGGACCAAAGAUUGCUCGGUACCUCUUCUUCGCCGCUGAGCUCUCAAGGCGCUCUGCCUGGUCACCAGAAUGGGGCUGCCGAACGCGGGGAGCAGACGCUGCACGACGCCGUCAUGAAACAAAAGUACCUGGACAGCGACCAGCCCGGCCGAGUGUCCAGAAAGCCGUCGGGGGAGCACAUCUCUGCUGAGGCUGGCGUGCGAUCUCAUUUCUCCACCCCGUCGUCUCGAUCCCUCUCACCCACUAGGAACCGCAAGGAAGGAGAGUAUGAUUCCAGGCUCAGUUUAGCUGGGCAAGGCAUGGAGAUGAGCUCAAACAUCAUCUGGAAGCAGGAUCUUCUUGUUAAGGUUAAAGAACAUGAAGAAGAGAUUGCACAUCUAAGAAGGCAUCUUGCUGACUACUCAGUGAAGGAAGCCAAAAUACUUAAUGAGAAGCAUGUUCUGGAAAAGCGCAUUGCAUAUAUGCGAAUGGCAUUUGAUCAGCAGCAACAAGAUUUGGUUGAUGCUGCAUCAAAAGCUUUAUCCUAUAGACAAGACAUCAUUGAAGAGAACAUCCGUCUCACAUACGCGUUGCAGGCAGCACAUCAAGAGAGAGCAACUUUCGUAUCUUCUUUAUUGCCUAUUCUGUCGGAAUAUAAUCUGCAGCCUUCUGUUCAUGACGCUCAAUCAAUUGUUGGCAAUCUCAAGGUUUUGUUUAUGCAUUUGCAAGAGAAACUCAUUAUUUCUGAGGAGAAACUGAAGGAAUCACAGUACCAGAUUACUCCUUGGCGCGCCGAGUCUUCAAAUAAUACAAGUGGUCCUGCGCAGUCACCUCCUCCUGGAAAUGCAUUGGUUGCUUCUAGCCAACCCAGCCUUGACAUUGUGCCACGUUUCCAGAGCCAACCCAGCCUUGACAUUGUGCCCCAGCAAGCAUAUUCUCAUGUACAAUCUCCAAUUUCUUCCCCCGUUCGAGCUAGACGGGAUUGGGAUUUACUGGCAAAUGACAACCGACAGGUCGUCCCAGCCGAGGCUGCUGCAACAAAUACAGAGCAUGGCAAUGCUGGAAGGACCUCUCCUCCAAGCAGCAACCAAGCUACCAAGGAUGUUUCAGCGCAAGGGACUGAGCGUGAUCCUCGUGCUGUACGAUUUAACCUUGAAUCCGAGGAUCAAAACCCAUCAUUCACGGACCUUGUUAGGAGUGAUGUAUCAGAAAAUCUCGAGGGAGCUGAAACCCAAGCUUCACAAGAACCUCCUGCCGAGUGGAGUUCUGAAGGCGCACCUAGCUCGGCAUCUGGCCCCGACGAUGGAAACUUGCCUUACCCUUAUCUUCCUACUGUCCUUGAGGAGCCUAGUACUUCUUUCUCUGAAGUUGCAGAGGAUGACCCACUGCCAGCCAUAGAUGGGCUUAGAAUCACAGGUGAAGCUUUUCCUGGGAAAGAACUUCAAGCAAGUGGGUAUUCCAUCAACGGGACCACGAGUUGUAAUUUUGAGUGGGUACGCCAUUUAGAAGACGGAUCGGUAAAUUACAUAGAAGGUGCAAAGCAGCCCACAUAUUUAGUUACUGCUGAUGAUGUGGACUCCUUACUAGCCAUAGAGGUCCAACCUCUAGAUGACCGGAAAAGAAAGGGGGAGAUCGUGAAGGUUUACGCUAAUGAGCAGAAAAAAAUUACUUGUGAUCCUGAAAUGAAGGAGCUCAUCAAGAAAGUUCUUUCCGCUGGACAUGUGUCAUAUGAAGUUCUACUACCUGUUAGAUUCAUAGAUAUGUGGGAACCUGCGGUAUUGGCAAUAAAGAGGGAAGGCUACAGCAUCAAGUGUAAUGGACAGCGGGGCGUUGUUAUCACAGAGAAAUUCCAGCAAGCUACGGCGAUCAAUAUCCCGUAUGGACAUCCAACCGAGUUCUCGAUCCAGUCUGCGGAUGGCGCCGAAUACAACCUCAAGCCUGGAGAAAACUCCCCGUCACGGGAUAGCAUCGUGCUCAUACUGCGGCUCUUCAGAAUGAAGGCCGUCGAGAAGAGCAAAGGGAGGAAGAAGGGCAUCUUCUUCAAGUAGGGUAGGGCGGAGUCGGGUAGACGGCUCGUGCUGCUUUCUUUCCUUCACUGUAGCUAUUCAUUCAUUUGGAUGCGGUCGUAGUCGUAGCGCGAUUAUUAUUCUUGGUUGUAGAAAGGAGGAGAAUGAAGGAGGACCAGGUAUGUGGUUAGUAGGUGGCCAACUAGAUAUAUAUCUGGGUUCUCAUUCGUGUGAAUGGUGUAUUAUAUUUAUAUUGUUGCAGUUUAUUAUGUGUAUUGUAUCUAUUUAUCAUCUGUCACUUUGUCCUUGUGUGUAAAGGAAGGAACAAACAUAGGCAUGGAUGAAUUUUAUCUUUUCUUUUGGCAGAUCUUUAA